GGGCUGGAGCUGGGCGGAGGGCGGGCUGGCGGCCACUGGGGCCGCGAGCGGGGAGCGGCGGCAUGGAGGUACCUUCGCACCGGUAGCCGAGCCCGGAGCUGUGGGCGCUGAGGCCAGCGAGCCGACCGCAGCGGGGACCCGGGCCGAGCGGCGCGGCGGCGGACAUGGCAGCGGCCGCUGGAGUCCCGGCAGUGAUUGCGGCUUCAGCUCGCAGGCGCUGGCUGUGGUCGGUGCUGGCGGCGGCGCUCUGGCUGUUGACAGCUAGAGUAUCAGCCUUGGAGGUCUAUACACCCAAAGAACUCUUUGUGGCCAAUGGGACACAAGGGAAGCUGACGUGCACAUUUAAGUCUGCUAAUAGAACUGGAGGGUUGACCACUGUCUCCUGGAGCUUCCAGCCAGAGGGGACUGACAGCACUGUGUCGUUUUUCCACUACUCACAAGGGCAGGUGUACGUUGGGAAUUAUGCACCAUUUAAAGACCGAAUCAGCUGGGCUGGAGAUCUUGACAAGAAAGAUGCAUCAAUCAACAUAGAAAAUAUGCAAUUCAAACAUAAUGGCACCUAUAUCUGUGAUGUCAAAAACCCUCCUGACAUUGUUGUCCAGCCUGGGCAUAUCAGGCUCUAUGUUGUGGAAAAAGAGAACUUGGCAGUGUUCCCAGUGUGGGUGGUGGUGGGCAUUGUCACCGCUGUGGUCCUAGGCCUCACUCUGCUCAUCACCAUGAUUCUGGCCGUCCUCUAUAGAAGGAGAAAUUCGAAACGGGAUUACACUGGCUGCAGUACAUCAGAGACUUUGUCACCGGUUAAGCAGGCUCCACGGAAGUACCCCUCCGACACAGAGGGUCUAGUAAAGAGUCUGCCUUCCGGAUCAUACCAGGGCCCAGUCAUAUAUGCGCAGUUAGACCACUCCGGCGGACAUCACAGUGACAAGAUUAAUAAGUCAGAGUCUGUGGUGUAUGCGGACAUCCGGAAAAAUUAAGAGAAGACCCAGAACAUAUCCUGAGCAAGAAACAAGUCCAAACUGGAUUCUUGUGCAGAAAAUGUAGCCCAUAACCAUGUGUGGCCUUGAGGACUUGGGCAAGGACAAGCACAUGUGUACUCACAGAGAAAAAAAUGUGUAUAAAGGAUAUGUUUGUUCUAUUUAAUCUUCCUGAUGUGAGAGGCCAUUGUUGCACGAUGAAAUGAUGGUGUGAUUCUGCAUAUAUGUAAAUUGUCUUGCUGUUUUUGGACAUUCUUUCAGGGUCAUUUCUAAUUGGGAAAUUUCAGAAACAUUCCAAUCACUAUAUCAAAUAGCUAUGGUUUGCUUUAUUGGAGACAGUAGCAGACCUGUUAGUAUUUCUGGUAGACGUGGCCUUUUCAUCUAAGGGCUUAACCAGUCUUAGCAUUUCUUGUAGUUGGAGAAUGAGAUAUUACAGUGGAGGCAUAUCCAGGGUGGCCUUUCACACAGGGUCAGAAGCAUCUGUUCCAUUGUAGCUACUAAGACACCAUCCAUUAACCAGGCCACCUGAAGACAGUUUGACAAGAUUUUGUUAGCAUUUUUCUAAAAUAUGAAGCUAUUCUCAGCUUUAUGUCCUGCAUAGGUUUUGGUCACACCCUUUAAGUAUAUCUUGUCAACUUGUGGAUUCCUAAUAUCAAGGUUACCAAAGGAUGAAUGCCUCAGCUCACUUCUAGGUAUUUUAGGUCAGUACUGAAGAGUUCAUUAAGGUGGUGAGUCCAGGCUUUGCUCAAGGCGUGUCGUGCCAUUUGGAAGUAAGAGGUACCGGUUACAUCCUUUACUGAAGUUCCUCUGAAGGCAAAGCCCACCCAGAAGCAGCUGAAGAGGGGAGUUUGCUUCCCUCUCGGUGGGCAGAAAUGUGAUGGCUGUGUUGCCAGUGUGGUCUCCAGAGACUUGCUGUCUCUAGAAUCUUCAGUCAUGCUUCUGAAAGAGGCAGGACCAUAUGGCUCUGACAGCAGCUUCAUGAAACUUCAGAAUCCUGAAGGAGGCAGAGUUAAGGCUCAUGCAGAGCUACUAGGACGGCUACUGAGCAAGCCCUGUGUCAGGUGUCAUUCUGUUUCUCCUGCUUUCCCACCAUUACUUAGAGCUGAUAAACAGUGAGACAGGGAUAUAUUUUGGCCUUUCUUUCCUUGAUGGCCUUCCACCCCACCUCAGAUCAAUGAAAUUCUGUUUUAGAGGAGAGACAGGUGCUCAGAAGAUUGUUGGCCAGUGUUUAUAUGCUCUCCCAUAUUCUGCAUCACUUCACUUUAAAACAAACUUUUUUCCCUUUAAACUGGGAAGCCAGGUCUUGGGAUGUAGCUCAGUUGUAGAGGCCUUGCCUAACAUGUGCAAGGCCUGGAUUUAAUCCCCAGCACCACUAGAGAUAAAUAAAUAAAGCCUAGUAGACUGGCACUCACCUGUAAUCCCAGCACCUGGAAGGUGGCAGUGAGAAGGAUCCAGAGUUCAAGGACAUCCUCACCUACAUAGUGAGUUCAAGGCAAGCCUGGACUACAUCACAUCCUAUUUCAAAACCCAGAAAUGAAUACAAUGGAAAUCCCAUGGUAUAGGAAGAAUCCCCUCUAUAGCCCCCAACACAUGCUGAUGUAAGGAGUGGAGAAGGGAAGUGGUGGUUUUCCUCUUACUGGUUUGAGGUACACCAUAGCCGCUUCCUUUUCCUUCCCACCCUCUGUCAUCUCUGGAGGAUGUUUGAGAACUGAGCUUUAAGAGGAUUCAUAAAGGGAGUAAGCACAACUGAAGCUUAAAAGCAUGCACGGGAUGACCAAACAUAGGAAGAGAACAGCUUCAGAGCUAACGCUGACCUGUGUGAGGGCUUUGCUUUUCUGAGGAACUGUGCCAUCCCAUAAUGCUCCAGCCCGAAUCCUGUGAAUCUGUGAGGAGACAGGUCAGGUUUUGUCAUGAAUCUGGGCGUUGUCAGCUUAGGCCUUGCAAGCACUCCUCUGUUUGUGAGCCACCUCAAGGGUAACAGAGCCUGCCCUGAGCAUUUCCCACACAGUGGCCACCUUUGCCUUGUUCCCUAAAACCUUUCUGUGUUUCAAGGGUUGAGACUGUCAUUGUCACUGUUCAGUGGAUGUCACACUACUCUCAGUGAGCCUUUGCCACUGUGGACAGCACAGCUGACCUGGACUAUGUUCAUAGUAAAAGGGUCCAAAUCAACAGAGCCCACACGAGUGAUAUAUAAGUACAAACCUUUGGGAGAGGCAGCCCUUCUUUUCAGUGGUCCCCACUGAAUGGACUGCUCAUUCCUAGUGCUUCCUGGCAGCAAGUGCCCUCAUUUCCCCUUGCAGUGCUGAGACUUCAAGACUGGUCCUAGGGAGGGUGGGGGGCUCUGCUCAAAUGACUGUAGUGUUCUCCCCCGUCCUUGAGAUGACCUCCUUUCUGCACCUGACUUCACAACCUGCCUGCCCAACCUGACCUAACCCCCAUCAGCACUCUGCUGUUCUGGCAGAAAGUCUCCUUAGCCCUGACCUAUCUUCUUCCCUAGGCAGGCCAGGUGGGUCUGCAGCACAUCCAGCUACCUGCAGGAAGAUGCUCGGACUCCAGCAGAGCAUCUCAAAGUGGUCUCAGUCCCAAGGCCAUCUCACUUCUGUACAUACCUCAAUUGGAGUUUCUGGCCUGUUCCUACAUUCUGUCUUCCUAGGCCUUCUUGCAGAUAACAGCUUCGGGGUUGUAACCAAGUGGCAGCUCUGUCCCUGUGUCUUAUAACUGGCAGAAGGAAGCCUUCUAAAAUUAUUUGUGAAUUUUGUGAAGGGACACCUAAAAGCAAUAACUUAAAAGAUUAAACUUCCCAUCCAUACUUUCUCAAUCGAAAUGUAUCCAGCCAGGGAGAAAUACCAAGUUCAUUGUUACCUUUUUGAUCUUUGCAUUUUCAGUUGUACUUAUGUUUUAAUACAUCUUUUUCAAUUUCUGAA